AUGCAAUUCUAAUAAUUAAUGCCCGUAGGAUAUGUGAAACAACCUCCUCUUAAGACAUUUGUUAUUGCGAAGAUUAAGAAGGAAAAUACUGAGAAAUAGAUAAAACUGUAUAAACAAAAAUAUCACCAAUACUUCUAUCAGCAUGAUUAUCUGAAAUUGGUUAAACAAGGUAAAGAGAAGGAUCAUGUAUUGAUGUUAUUUUGUUUUCCAGAAGACUUAGAGAAGAUGAAGGUGGACUUUGAAGUGGAGGAAUAUAUUGAAAUUGAAUUGCCAAGCAUUGCCCCUAUUCACAAAGAUUAGAAGUCUCUGUAUAAUGACUAUUGGAAUAUCUUGCAUCCGAAUUACGAGUAUCCGCAUAAGCAAAACAAAGAUGCAGCUCUGAGAAUGCAAUAGAUUUUAGAUACCAAAGUCACAAGGAAUAAAUGCAUCCUCUAUGAUGAGGACAACACUAUUGUGAUUGAAGCAGAAGAUGAAACGCACAUCAAUAAUGCUAGACAUUGUGUCAUGGUAGCAAUGGAGAAGUUGGCAGAACACAACAAAAAUGAGAAUCAAUAGAAGCACUUUCAUGAUUUAUAGUAUUAUGCUAAAGAAAUGACUUUGGUAAUAUACUUUGAACCAUGCAUAAUGUGUGCUAUGGCUUUGGUUCAUUCAAGAAUUAAGGAGGUGUAUUACUACCAAAAGAGAGUGGUAGAUGGAGGACUCAAUGAUCAAUUAUAACUUAAUAACCUGAAACAACUAAAUCAUAAAUAUUUAGUGUUCUAUUAGCAUUGA